AUGGCCGAGGCGUUCGCCAUUCUCGGCGUCGUAGGUGUCGGCCUGCAGAUUGCCAAAGAAUUCAUCAAGCUCAGCGACUCCUUCAGUGCCCUCAGCCACGCCUCGGAGGAUUGUCAGUAUUUCGCCACGAGCUCCAAGAACAUGAGUGCCGUCAUCACCUCCCUGUUCACGGCCGCUCGUAUGUCCCUCCAAGUGAUCGAAACGGAUCAGCGCCCCGAGCGGGAGGCGACUCUGGACGGACUGAUCAAAGAGUUCGAACAGGUUCAGCUGCGCCUGCGCGACCUUGCGAUAGACACCGGGAUAGACGAGAAACACGUCGGCAGCACUGACGGCUACUUUGUCCGGUUGACGUUCAGCUGGCGCUGGUAUCGUAAAAAGGCUGCAGUGGCCAUGUCCCGCAUGAUGCAGGAGGCGACGAAAUCCACGGCCAACCUCUUCAUCAGCACAAUGCUGUGUGAGGAUCUCAUGAGGCAGAUCCGAGUUCUUCAGGAGAAUAGAACAGACUCGGAAGAUUUGCGAUCCUUGAAAGAGCAGGUAAAGUGUCUGUCGGAGCAGAUUGUCGACCAGAGACGCGAAGUGCGUUUCGCGACAAGACAGAUUGAGAGUUUUCGAAAAGCCCACCCAGAGGUCAUACAGCCCGACGAGAUUGCUUCGCUUCGGGACGUGGAAAAGGCCGUAGUGGCCAGCACCCUGAAGAUUGUCCCUUCAACAAAGCGAAGAGGCCAAGCCCCGAGACAGCCGCGAAACGAGCACGGCGCUGCCCCCCGAAAGUUGUAUUCGUACAACGACCAUCUGAAUAAUCGGCAAAACCUGGUUCCUCCCUCCCCUGGGAGACGUCGUGCCGAUUCGGGUCCGCAACCCCCACCUCCUCGAACGGCGCCCCGGCACGCCAGGUCUUCAGACACUCGUCGUCGGCCACCAAGCCCGCGGCCAAGUAAGACUGCUCGAACUCCCAUUAUCACGACUACAGACUUUUCAACCCAUGCCGUACGGUAUGUUGAUAUAUCUGAAUCACUAGUCUCGGACCGAUUUACCGGUGCCCGCGUCCGAGAUGAUGGACGAAACCUUCGUGAGGAGACUGGAAAAUGGCCUCCGGAGGUAUUCUCCAAUCCAGACGUCGGAACAGGAGCGGACUCAAGGCGAGCCAGCUCAAUACGAGAGGAAGAAGGAGCGCCGAGAGCGGAAGGCAGUGUUAAGAAGAAGAAGAAGACGAAGGAAAGUCUUGAAUCGCAAUCGUCUUCAAGGAUUGGGUCACCACCAGCUCGAAGUGUGGUCGAGGAAGAGGGGCCCAAGCUGGCCGACGACGAUCCACGACCUUCUCCCUUGGGCAGAAUGCAGCCGAUGCCCCCGUUUGAUGAAGAUGAUCUGCGAGGGCUCAGAAGACGAAUGACCGAACGAAAGCCUGGAGAAGGGGGAGGGAAAUCGCCAAAGUCCUAAGGAGUCGAUGCAGAUGCUGAUCGUGUGUGGACAGCAUCGUGCUAUGAAAGUACACAUCGUGAUUGGUCUUUAGUAACGAAGCCAGAAACGGUAGUUUCAGGCGAAGACACGCUUCGCAGAAUUCUUCUAUGGUACUUCCUUAGUUGUGUGGCAGGUGUGGCAUGGCUUGCAAAACCGUGUUGAAAGGCACUCCCGGAUUCAAUUGGGGCAUGUUUCGCGAAAUAGAACCGUUCGUACGGCGAAAAUGGAAUCUAUUCAUCCC